AUGGCAGCUGGAAACGACAUUGCCAGUCCGGUGGCUGCAUCGGCACAGGAGUCCGCUACCACAGACAAUGAUUCCACAGGUGUUAUGGUUGCAACGUCGCCUGCAAAGAACAACUUCUUCAGUUUCUUUCAGCUGCUGUUCUACGCCAGCCCGACAUGGCUGGAUUAUCUUCUACUCGUCUUCGGCACUCUUUGUGCCUGCUGUGCUGGUGUCCCGUUCCCUUUGAUGGGUAUUCUCUUUGGCCAGGUUCUCGACAACCUCAAUGAUGCUUCGUGCGAUGCAGAGAGUUCCCAAAGUACAGGCGAUAUUCAGUCCGAAGUCAACAAGAAGGUGCUGAUACUGGUAUACAUCGCCAUUGCCAACUUCAUUGUCAUAUAUCUCUACAUUGUGUCGUGGAGCAUAUUUAGUCGCAGACUGGAGGCUCGAAUAAGAGAUCGAUACUUUCAAACACUCCUUCGCCAGGAUGCCACCUUUUAUGACAGUCGCCAAGCUGGUGAGCUCACAUCGCGGUUGAACUCUGAUAUCCAGAUCAUCCAAGCCGGUACCUCUGAAAAGGUUGGUAUCUGUAUUGCCGUUAGUUCCUUCUUCAUCUCAUCAUAUGUCGUCGCGUUUGUGAGGGACACAAAGUUGGCUGCUAUUCUAAUUAGCUUAAUCCCUGCAUUUCUGUUGAUGGCAGCAAUUACGAGCAUAUUCACGCAAAAGUACGCCGCCCGUAUGUCUGACGCGAUUGCUUCAGCCUCCUCUAUCGCUCAGGAGGCACUCUCACAUAUAGCAGUGGUACAAGCCUUUGGAGCAGGCCCUCGCCUUGAAGCCAAGUUUGCUUCCACAAUGAUGACUGCCCAAAAAGAGGGAAUGAAGAAGGCCGUAACGGCUGCCAUUCAGGCCGGGACCCUCUUUUUCAUUUCGUAUUCCGCUAAUGCUUUGGCAUUCUGGCAAGGAAGUCGACAGAUUGCCGAUGCCGUGGAAAACGGCGGGAAUAACGUCUCUGUUGGAAGAACAUACACGGUCAUUUUCCUCCUUGUAGACGCUUGCGUUAUCCUUGGUUCCAUUGCACCACUGCUCCCCAUCAUUGGGGCUGCAACCGCGUCAUUUCAGAAACUGAAGGCGGAUAUUGACGCCCCAUCUGGGAUUGACUCGCAGUCGGGUGAUGGGGACAAGCUUCCCGAUACCAUCGACGGCUCAGUUGAGUUUCACGAUGUUUCAUUUGCCUACGUUUCUCGCCCUGAUCGUCCUGUGCUGAGAGGAGUCUCCUUCUCCUGCCCUGCCGGCAAGCAUACAGCACUAGUCGGCCUUUCUGGAAGUGGAAAAUCUACAGUUGCAGGUCUCACAGCGAGGAUAUAUGAUCCUACAGAUGGUAUUGUGACGUUGGACGGGCACGACCUAAAGAACCUUAACGUGAAGAAUUUACGAAGCUUCAUGAGCUUGGUUCAGCAGGAACCAUCCCUUCUCGACAGAUCCAUUCUGGAGAAUAUUGCCCUUGGUAUUCUCAACUCUCCUUGGCCCGAGCAUCAGCGAUUCCAGCCUGUGAUUUUGGGAUCUGGUCUAGCUGAAAUUGCUGCCAAACUUGCAGCCGGAAAGGAUCUAGCUUCUCUGGCAGGUGCACAUGGCCCAGAUAUGGUCGAUUUGGUCCAACUGGUUCGUGAGGCAGCCUCUCUAGCUGAUGCCUCCGGUUUUAUAGGAAGAUUCGAAUUCGGGUAUGGAACUCAAGUCGGCAUUGGUGGUAAACUGGUCAGUGGUGGUCAACGUCAAAGAAUUGCGCUUGCUAGAGCACUUAUUAGGGACCCCAAGAUCCUUAUUCUGGACGAGGCUACUGCUUCCCUGGAUUCUGCCAGCGAGCAUCGUAUUCAAAUGGCCAUCGAAUCCAUUGCCAAGGGUCGGACUGUUAUUGCCAUUGCACACAGACUUUCUACUAUCAAGAGCGCAGACAAUAUCAUCGUCAUGAAUGGCGGCGAGAUCAUCGAACAAGGUUCUCAUUUGGAGCUUAUGGCACUUAAUGGUUCAUAUGCAGGCAUGGUUCGUCUCCAGAACAUUGAGUCUUUGCAGAACGAUGACACCCCGUCCAUGGCAAGUACUGCAAGAGGGGACGUCGACACGAUAAUUACAGAGAAGGACUCUGUUCUCGAGGAAAAGACCGCAGACACGUUUCAGGUGCAAGACAAGGAACAACCUGCUCUGAACUCAGAGGGUAUUAUACCAACAACUUCCAGUCUCGAUUCCAGUAAAACCGGCUGGGAAAUCAUUAAGGAUUUGGGUCGUAUGAUGCGACCACAUUUGUCUUGGUUUCUGCUGGCUAUUGCGGCCGGAAUUAUUGUUGGAGCAAGUUUCACUGGAUCUGGUUUAAUAUUUGGUAACACCGUUGGAAGGCUAAGUCCGUGCAAUUCCCCAGGUGACAUUCGCUGGGCAGGAAAGUUCUUUGGAGGCUUGUUCUUCAUGUUAGCCGUCAUCGAGCUUCUCGCCAAUUCAAUUAGCUGGUCCUCUUUUGGUAACAUUUCAGAGAAACUUCUCUACAAGGUCCGCGUACUUUGUUUCCGUUCUCUCUAUGAACAAGGCUUGGACUGGCAUCAGGCUGAUGGGCGCACCCCAGCAUCGUUAUUGUCCGUCAUUACGGCCGAUGCUGCCGCUAUCGGUGGCUUUAGCGGCUCCAUUAUUGGAAAUUGCUUUUCAAUCAUUGUCAACUUCGUCAUAGCCAUCAUUGUUUCGCAUAUUUUGGCAUGGAAGAUUGCUAUAGUGUGUCUGGUGACGGUACCAAUACUAUUGGGAUCAGGCAUUCUACAGCUUCGGGCUCUGACCAGAUUUGAGCGGAAACAUGCCGACGCGUUUUCAGAUGCCAUCGGUAUUACCGUCGAGGCUGUGAAUUCUUUCAAGACUAUUUCGUCUUUAUCCCUGGAAAACGAAAUUCUGGGCAACUAUCGCCGGACGCUUCGCCCGCCGUACAAGGCCAUGGCGGCUGGCACUGCCUAUGCCAAUAUAUGGCUCGCUAUUUCGUAUGGAACUAGUAACCUUAUAUAUGCAUUUGCCUACUGGUGGGGUUCAACGAGAAUCACAAAGGGAGAGUACACCUCCACCGAGUUUUUCGUCAUUCUCGUGGCUAUGCUAGUUAGUGCUCAGCUUUGGGGCAACAUGUUUACCCUUGCCCCGGAGGUUUCGCGUGCCCGUGAAGCGGGCUCCCGCAUAUUGAGUCUAAUAGAACAAGGUUCUUCCAAAGACCUGGCGGUCAAGGAAAUGGCUCUUUCGUCAACACAAACUACCGCCAGAGAGGACAUUGAAGCUGCUGCGGAGGGUCCUCCGAAGUCUGCUUCUCCCAACAGAGGUGCUACCGUAACGUUCAAGGACGUUUCAUUCGCGUACCCGGCCCGGCCGCAUAUUCCCAUUGUCCAGAACAUGUCAUUCACCAUCCAGGCGGGCCAGUUUUGUGGUCUAGUCGGACCCUCAGGGGCGGGCAAAUCUACCAUCCUGUCACUUGUUCAAAGAAUGUACCGUCCAACAGGAGGAGCUAUCGAAAUCAAUGGAUCGAAUAUUUGUGCACGAGAGGGGACUGAGUUCCGAAACGACAUUGCCGUCGUCCCCCAAGACUGUGCUCUUUUUGAUGGCACAAUCAAGUUCAACGUCGGCCUCGGCGCAACGCCAAAUCAUGAGGCAACCGAUGAAGAAAUCAAAGAGGCUUGUCGUUUGGCUAACAUACAUGACACCAUAAUGGCACUCCCGGACGGAUACAACACUGAGUGUGGUCCUAAUGGAUCGCGUUUGUCUGGGGGCCAGCGACAGCGGCUAGCCAUUGCUCGAGCUUUGGUACGAAAACCUCAGCUUCUCCUUCUUGAUGAAAGUACAAGUGCACUCGACGCUGAGAGCGAAAAGGCAUUACAGGAAGGCCUGGAACGAGCCGCUAGAGGCAUCACGGUCAUUGCCAUCACUCAUCGCCUGCGCACCGUUCGCAAAGCCGAUGUCAUUUUUGUUGUUGAAGGAGGAACAAUUGUAGAGAAGGGUCGUCACGAGGAGCUCGUGGAAAAAAGUGAAACAUAUAGAAUUAACGCAUUGCAGCAGAUGCUUGGGUCAUAA